GCGUCUCCCUGUCACUCUCUCUGUCAAUGUCUCUCUCUUAGCCCCGCCCUUUCCGGCAGCCCUUGUGGGCGUGGUGGCGCUGGCAAGAUGGCGGCGCCCGAAGCGUUGAUACUUCCGGAGAAACCGAGCCACAAAAAAUACAGGGCCGCCCUGAAGAAGGAGAAACGAAAGAAACGACGUCAGGAACUUGCCCGAUUGAGAGACUCAGGUCUCUCACAGAAGAAGGAGGAAGAAGAGAAGGAAGCUAUUAUUGAACAACAACAACAAGAAGAGAAACUGUUGGAGACACAGAGGCAAAAGUUACAUGAGGAGUGGCUGCUGCGGGAGCAGAAGGCACAAGAAGAAUUCAGAAUAAAGAAGGAAAAGGAAGAGGCAGCUAGAAAACGGCAGGAAGAACAGGAGAGAAAGUUAAAGGAAGAAUGGGAAGAACAGCAGAGGAGAGAGAAAGAAGAGGAGGCGCAGAAGCUGCAGGAGAAGAGAGAAAGAGAGGAGGCUGUACAGAAGAUGCUGGAGCGGGCUGAGAAUGAGUUGGAAAAUGCUGCCACAUGGCAAAACCCAGAACCACCCACAGAGUUAAGAAUAAUGGAGAAAGAUCGAGCUAACUGUCCAUUCUACAGUAAAACGGGAGCUUGCAGAUUUGGAGACAGGUGUUCACGUAAACACAAUUUCCCCACAUCGAGCCCCACGCUCCUCAUUAGGAGCAUGUUCACAACGUUUGGAAUGGAGCAGUGCAGAAGGGAUGACUACGACCCCGACGCCAGCCUGGAGUACAGCGAAGAGGAGACCUACCAGCAGUUCCUGGACUUCUACGAGGACGUGCUCCCCGAGUUCAAGAACGUGGGGAAGGUGAUCCAGUUCAAGGUCAGCUGCAACUUGGAACCUCAUCUGAGGGGCAAUGUGUAUGUUCAGUACCAGUCGGAAGAGGAAUGCCAAGCAGCCCUUUCUCUGUUCAAUGGACGAUGGUAUGCAGGACGACAGCUUCAGUGCGAAUUCUGCCCGGUGACCCGGUGGAAAAUGGCAAUUUGUGGUUUAUUUGAAAUACAACAAUGCCCAAGAGGAAAGCACUGCAACUUUCUUCACGUGUUCAGAAAUCCCAACAAUGAAUUUUGGGAAGCUAAUAGGGACAUCUACCUGUCUCCAGAUCGGUCUGGCUCUUCCUUCGGCAAGAACUCAGAGAGGAGAGAGCGGAUGGGCCACCAUGACGAGUACUAUGGCAGGCCCAGGAGGAGGAGAAGCCCCAGUCCACCCCGUUCCUACAAAAGGAACGGGGAAGCUGAGAGGAAAAGGAGAAGCAGCCACAGGGAGAAGAAAUCUCACAAACACACGGCAAAAAGUCAUGAAAGGCACAGUUCACGGAGUAGAGAAAGAAAAAGGGACCGCAGCCGGGGCCGGGGCAGCCAGAGCAGGAGCCGCCGGAGCCGGAGUCGGACCCGGAGCCGGAGCCGGAGCCCCAGCCCCACUAGGUCCAGGAGCCGUGGCCGGAGGAGGUCAGGUAGCAGAGACAGAACUAUUCAUAGUCCCAAAUCCAAAUAAACCGAUUUUGUUUUCAAAUGA